GGCUCUAGGAUAGGCUACUGGGUGGGGUACCGCCCAGCCGAAGUACGUCAUUACACCUGCGCUAGACUUUGGGACAGUAGCAUAUAAAACGCCUGUCAAAUCGCUUUGCCGCAAAUUAAACUUUGGAAAUGACUCCCUAUAAUUCUUUGGAUUUAGACAUCGCUACUCAAGCAUGACACCAUUUCUACAAUACAUGGCUUUUUUGACAUUGAUCUGGCACCUCAAACCCAUGGGGGCAUAUCCGCAGUCUGGCCUUGACUUGGUAGGCAACAGGACAAAGCGGGAUGUCCACUGCAGGCCCGACCUGGAGUACCUGAAUGGAAACAUCUGCUGUUUAUACUGUCCAGCUGGUACACAUAAGAUAUCGCCCUGCACCAGAGCAGGAGAGAAGGGGAAGUGUGAGGAAUGCGAGGAUGGGACAUACACUGAGCACGCUAACGGACUGCAGCUGUGUUUGAAGUGCACACAGUGUCGCUCAGAUCAGGAAGUUGUAAGGCCAUGUACUCCCACUCAAGAUACUGAAUGUCAGUGCAAAUUGGGAAGAUUUUGUGCUCCUGACCAAGCAUGUGAGGUAUGCAAGACAUGUUCAAGGUGUGAAGAAGAUGAAGAGAUGGAGAGGAGCUGCACCUCUACUUCCAACACAGAGUGCAAGAAAAUCCAGACCAAUGCUGUCUCUACCUCAGCAAAGGCCUCUGUGAUUGUGCCACUUGUACUGAUUGCUGCUGUGGUUAUUGGUGGGUUGAUCAUUGCUGUGUGCACAAGGAGACAUCGUAAAGCAACAGACACUCAGAGAAAUGUACCUGACGGGCUAAAAGCUGGACUGCAUUACAGCCGAAACUGUCCCACUAAGGAAAAGAGCAACGAAGAAACCCCAGGGCAGAGCUGCUCAAAUCUGAUCCUGUCACGGCAACUGGUGAGAGCCAAAUCCUCGGCCGGCAUUGAGGAAGAGCGCAAAGUGCUGUGUGAAAGCCUCUGCAGCAGCUCAGCCAGUAACUCCCAGCACAGUCUAACUGGCCUGCCCUGCUCUGCCUUCCCCGCAUAUCCCCCGCCAGCCUGCCCCAUGGUCCCCACACAGCCCAACAGCAGGGAAGAUAAGCAAUUUCCCAAGCUUGUUCCUGUGAAUGGUGAAGAGUCUCUGAGGAAAUGCUUUGAGUAUUUUGAAGAAAUCGACUUCUACUACCACAAGAGAUUCUUCCGGCACCUUGGGAUAAUGGACAAUGUGAUCAAAAGCAAAGACCACCUUCUCUAUGAUGACAAGAUCCAUGAAUUGCUGAAUAUUUGGGUGGAGAAAGAGGGCAAAGAAGCCACCUUAAAUGACCUGCUAAAAGCAUUGCUUGAUUUGAAUCAAAGGCGAACAGCUGAGACUGUCAAGGAAAAUGCUGUUCUCAAUGGUCAUUACUUUUGCGAUAAUGAGAGGUGAAUUGUUCAAGAAAACCCCUUGCAGACAACACUCCAGAUGAAGAAGAUGACCUCUAACCCGUUACCUGAAAUUUCCCUCUCUCACCCCCAAAUGUGAACAGGAAGUUGUCGGGGGUGUUGCUUACACUUACAAUGUGAAUAUUUUACUGAAGCUGCUGCUACUUCAGUAAGGGCAUACAGGUAAUGCAGGGCCUUGUUUAGUGGCUUAAUUACAGGCAUGCUUGACCUUAGACACACUCCAAAAUGAGCUUGAAUUCAGUUUUUUUUCUGACUUUCCUUCGCUCUACAUGUUGAUAAUGAGAGUAUUUAAUUACAAGAAGUGUCUUGUUUAUCAGGUGUGCAAAACAUGUUUACUUAAAAUGAGACCAAAUCUUAAGACGUGUUGAUUGGUUCACAUAGUGAAUGUGAUGUUAAUCAGACCUUAGGAAUUAAUGUCUUUAUGGGGUUAGCAAUGGAACAUAUGAAGCAAUAAACAAAAUGCCUUAUGAUCAAUUGCUACAAUAUUGUAUUAUUAUGCUGGACAGCAGUUAUGUUUGGUUGUAAAAAGUAUGUGCUCUGGCUGACUAUUGUAAAAUUGUUGAUCAAAAGUGUUGCAUCAGGGUUCAGCUUGGUUGUUGAUUUCCCGAAGCAUGUGUUAGAUAAUGAUUAAUUGAUUUUUGUGUCUAUAUUGUAUGUCUGGUCUAUUGUUACAGUUCUGCCAUAAUCAUGAUUACAAUGACCUCUUAAAAGUUUACCAAACCACAAAAGGUUCUACUGAUGUGCAUCGCUUUAGUACUAAGUGCCUUGCAAUACCAAAGUGCCUUGACUACCUUUUUUGUAGAGGUGAGUCACAAUGUUACAUAAUAUCUUACUUACUACUUAAUAGUCUGUUCUCUCUCUCUCUCUCACUUUCACGGCCUGUAGUGUUUGUCAGCCUAUUGUUUCUGAUAUUAAUUUACUUUUUAACUUAUUUUACAAACUUAGUCAGGUGCUUUUUUACAGAAUAAUUGCAAGCUGAUAGGCUCUGACAGAUCAAAUUCAAAAAUUGGGCUUCAGAGCAAAAGUUAAAGUACAACUUAUGUGUAAAUAAAAUGAAUAAACACUGCCCCCUUU